AGAUGUCUGCGCCCAUGAAAGAUGCACGUUAUCGAUGAUAGGCGAAUUAGCCUCUUGAUACAUUGGAUUUUACGGAUUAAUCGUUUUAAUUCUGUGUAAUUUAACGACAUGUAGUUCGUUUGCAUUACUUUGAUUGAAAUACAUGUCCACCAUUUUACAUGAGACUAGUGCUUUUGAACUAUGUGAAAUAUUUCACAAACAAGUUUCCGAUUAGAAAUUGGUGUCGUAAAAAAAUCUCAAAAACUGAUAUUCAACCAAGAAAUAUAAUGGCUAGUUCUCAAAAAGAUGUGGUCGACCAAAAGAUGGAAGAUGAAUCGACAGUAACAUCUGUCCCAGCCACACUAACUGAUACAGAUAAAAACGAUGAGUUUGAACUCGCUGACAAGUUGAACAGUCCUAAUGAUACGAAAAAAGUAAACGAUAAGACGAAGGAUAUAGUUGCAAAUCCUAUGGGACUCUCCAAGCGAGCACUGAAGAGGGUAAUAGAUGAAAAGAAACGAGAUCAAUAAGGCAAAAAGGAAAGCAGCAAGAGUCCAAUCUCUGACAAAGAAUAGUAAUCCUGGAUUUUCUACAGACUACUUUGGAUUGACAGACUAUUAUUACGAGAACGGUUUAAGGAAAGUGUACCCCUACUACUUUAAGUUUGAGUCCCAUGUCAAGAGACGUUGGGUAGGUCACUCUCUCGUCAAGGUUUUAAAAGAAUUUCAAGUGGACGGUGAGGACAAAACUAAGAGCAUGGAAGAAAUUCUUCAAGAUGGAGACAUUUCAUUAAAUGGUGAAGUGGUCACUACAGACAAAAUAUUGAAGGAUAAUGAUUUUUUAUCACAUCGAAUACACAGACAUGAGAACCCAGUGAUCGGGACUCCUUUGGAGAUUGUGACAGAUGAUGAAAAUGUUAUUGUGAUAAACAAACCGUCCUCUAUCCCCGUCCACCCCUGUGGAAGAUACCGCUUCAACUCCAUCCCCUUCAUCCUCGGCAAAGAUCUGGGAUACACUAAUCUGCGAACAAUAUACCGUCUGGACCGGCUUACUUCAGGACUCCUUAUCAUGGCCAAGUCUGCAGAAAAAACUCGUGAGAUGGAGGAUGAUAUUCUUCAAAGGAGGGUUCAGAAGGAAUAUCUAGCAAGAGUUAAAGGGAAAUUCCCCGAAGGUGUCAUAGAGUGCGAUCAACCAUUAGGUGUCCUGUCUUCCAAAGACAGUUUGUAUGGUGUGGUACCAGGCGGUAAGGCCAGCAAAACUGUGUUUGAAUUCAUCAGCUACAAUGGAACGUCCAGUUUGAUCAGGUGCUUGCCACAGUCCGGCAGAACUCACCAGAUCCGACUUCACCUGCAGUACCUUGGCUUUCCAAUAAAAAAUGACCCCAUGUAUAACGAAGGCUGCUUUGGUCCAAACAACGGUAAAGGUGGCAUUCUGGAAAAAUCUUUGACAGAGAUUGUGAAAUCUUUUAGAGAAAAUCACAACACUGGUUUAUGGGUUGAAGGAGAUAACCUAUUAUUUAAGAAAAGACUGGAGGAGAUGAAAGCACAGGCUGAUCACACAAAUGUCAAACAUCAAGGAGAGGCAGAUUCUUCUCAUUUUCACAAUAAAGCUUAUCAAUCUAAUUCUUCUCAGGAAAGUGAUUGUAGGUUAAAUCAAAGUGAGGCUUCAAGUUCCAAUCAGUGUGAGGGAAAAACUUCUGAUGAAAAUCUGUGUGAGGAAGAAGCUUCAAAUUCAUCUGUACUUACUAGGACAUACUUACCUGAGGAAGAACCUAAAGCUAAACGAUGUAAACUUGUUAACAGUGACUUUGAUAAUGAUACACCAACCGAAGGAUUGAGCUCUGACAAGUGUGGACAGGCUUCUCCUGUAGUGACAGCUGAAAAACCAAAAUUUGACCCACAGAAAUGGGUACCUGAUGAAAAAUGCUUCUACUGUAAGAAGAGUUUCAGAGAUCCAGAGCCAGCUGAUAUGAUCAUGUACCUUCACGCUCUUAAAUACAAGGGGCCAAAGUGGGAGUAUGAGACACCAUUGCCUGACUGGGCAAGGGAAGAUUGGACAGAAACAGUAUGAAGGAAAAAUAAUGACCUAGCUACUAUUUAAAUUAGUUUGAUACAGGAAAUUGAUUUGAUCCACUGCUACCUCGUCUGGAAGAGGAAUUCGGAUGAACACGUGGACAUGUUUAUUGGUGGCAGAGUUUCCCAGAAAAAAUUACAUGUUUUAAGAUAACAAGUGACAGGUGCAAUUUAAUAAACAUGAAUUGAUUUUGAAUCUUGGUCACAUUAUGAAUUUAUUUCUCAUCACUAAUCCACGAAUUGUCUUACUAAUUUCGACCGUUCUCUGAUUCUGUGUUCAAAGUAUUUUCGAUAGUUCUGUAUAAUAUAUGAGAUAAUAAAAUAAUAUUUAUAA